GAUUUAUGUUCAGUCGGUUCAGUUCAUUCCUCAUCUCACAUCGAGUUCUCAAAUUCUUUAACCUCAACUCAUUUUUGGACACAAUUUCUCCAAAAAUCGCUCAAAUUUGACUACCUUGCUUUGCAUACAGUUUCUAAAGUGCCAUGACCUUCCAAUACGCAAUUUCCUUCCUCCAAGAUUUAAUCCACUUGGCGCAACUUUUAGUAAAACUGGGGAUAACUUGUUACCUCUCGUUUGUCUUGGCGUUCACGUACUUCAAAGCGGUUCGAGUCCUGGCUAGGCGUGGUUUUCGUUUCGAGGCGGAUGUGAACCCUGCCGCUGUGGGGGAGCACGUGGUGGCUGCCACGUGGGUCCAGGUCCACGUCUACCUUCCCUCGCCCACCGACCAACCCAACUUCGGAGGGGACAUGGUUAUUGAAAUUGUAAUGGAAAAGUUUAACAUCGAGUGGAGAAACGAGUUUGACCGGUUGCAAGAGACGGGAAUCUUAUCGGAAAGGAUUCCGACCGCAGGAUCGGAGGAAGAGAGGGGGAUUUCGACCCCAAAACAUCCUCCAGCCAGCGACAUUCCUCAAUCCGCUUACAGUUGCGCGACCCUCCACCAACAUCCAGAACGUCCUGGUCAUUCCCACCCAGUCGCGAUCUUGAUAAGCGAUGACCUUCCUAUCUCGACCACUUCAUCCCCAUCUGGUCCGGAUACCAACUCCCCUAACCGCCACGAUCCAUGCGAAGCAGGAGCAGCUAUCUCAUCCACCGAAUCACCGUCACGGGGGGACUGAAGAGGUCAAAAUCACCCCCACCACGUGCUCCGCUCUUGAAAUAUGUCAUCACGCCGAGAAGGAGGCGUUAAAUUGAGGCAAAAUGCAUUUUUUUAAAUAAUCUUUUCCGUUUAUUGCUUUAUUUUCUGAAAAUUGUUUAUAAUUUGUUCAAAAUUUAUCAAGUUUUUAAUUUCAGACAACAAGAUUCAAAUAAUACACUAAGAAAUGAUUCAUUUAAUUUGUAAAAUUACCAUAAAACUUCUUAUAUAAAAUAUUAAGGUAUUUGUUUAUAUUCCGUUUUUUGUUACAUCUUUUGAAAAAUGUUUAUAAUUUGUUCAAAAUUUGUUGAAUUUUCAAUUUCAAAAGGUAAAUAUAUACUUGAGUAAUCGUAAGGUUAUAAAUAACGGGCACUCUUUUCUUCGCAUCCUUAGU